AUAUGGUGUAUAAUUUUGUUUAUUACAUAUAUUUUUAAUUUGAUAUGUAAAUAGAAUUUUUUUGGGGUUUAAUUUAUAAAAGGAGUUAAAUUUAGGGAGGUAUUUACAAAUUUAAGAAACUAAUUACCACAUUUAUCCAACGACAGGUCGUUUGAAGAUCUUCUACCAAGCACCUUGACCUGUAAUGUGAAACGGAUUGAAAUGGCCUCAAGGAAGUUUUUUGCAUCAAUUACUGCGGAAGAAGACAAGCCCUUUGAUUUUCUCCGUGCUUUAUACGAGGGAAGUAUAGCAGGAGCUGCUGCUGGUGUCAUUGUGGAAGCAGUUUUAUACCCAAUUGACACAAUAAAAACUCGAUUACAGGUUGCUCAUGUAGGAGGGAGAAUAAUCUUGAAGGAUCUAUAUUCUGGAUUGAAUGGAAAUCUUAUUGGCUCUUUACCGGCUUCUGCUGUAUGUGUGGGUGUGUAUGAGCCUGCAAAGCAGACACUAUUAACUUCAUUGCCUGAGAAGUUUAGUGCUUUAGCACAUCUGACUGCAGGUAUUAUUGGGGGUGCUGCUUCUUCUCUCAUCCGUGUGCCUACAGAGGUUGUUAAGCAAAGGAUGCAAACUGGGCAGUUUGCUUCAGCACCAGAUGCUGUGCGUCUUAUUAUAGCAAAAGAGGGAUUUAAAGGUCUUUUUGCGGGGUACGGAUCAUUCUUAUUGCGAGAUUUGCCAUUUGAUGCCAGUCAAUUCUGCAUGUAUGAGCAACUGCGGAUAGGAUAUAAGUUAGCGGCACGAAGAGAGCUGAACGAUCUUGAAACUGCCAUGAUUGGUGCAUUUGCUGGUGCAAUAACUGGAGCUAUAACCACUCCUCUUGAUGUUAUAAAAACUAGAUUAAUGGUUCAGGGAUCAGUGAAACAGUAUAACGGAAUCUGUGAUUGUGUUCGGACUAUAAUGAGAGAAGAAGGCAGUCACGUUUUUUUCAAGGGUACUGCCCCAAGAGUACUUUGGAUUGGAAUCGGAGGCUCAAUUUUCUUCGGUGUUCUUGAAAGGACAAAGCAAUUGUUGGUCAAGAGGCGUCCUCCGGACAUGGAGAAAUCUUCUCUGUUGAAGCAAGACUCAAAAUUUUAACUGUAUCUAAUCAAGUUUUGUGUUCCUCAAGUUAAUCAAUUUGCUACUUUCAUAGUUAGUUCUCAAUUUGUUGUUAUUUUGGAGUUUAUUUCUUGAACAUGUUAAAUACUAA